AAAGUUUGUUUUGUGCCCUUCACAACGACAACUACAAUUUCCGUUGCCCGCUUCCAUUGCUAUCCGCGCACUUCACUCGGUGGCUUACCGCGCACGCCCCGCGCUGCCCCAUGGGCAAGCUCAAGCGCCCGGGGAGGGGGGGCGGGGGCGGGGGCGGACGAGGCCGUGGGUACGGGCGCGACAGGGACGCGAUGCCGCCGCCGCCCCCGGGCGUGCUGAACAAGCCCGCGGCGCCGAUGCUCGGCGGCAGCAAGGGGACCAUCCGCGCGGCCUCGCGGCGGGCGUCGCCGGCAGCGGAAGCCGGCGCCGCAGCGGCAGGGGGCGGACGGGAGGAAGAAUUCGCGCUGCUGCACGGCGGGCCCGGGACCGGCGGCGGGAGUGGCGGAGAGGAGGCGUUCGGCAUGUGGAUCAAACUGACGGACAAACUGACGGAGCUGCUGACGGCCGCCGGCGAAGAUGGCGGGCAGGCGAUGAUGAAAUUCGGACGGAACGGCAGUGCGCAUGCCAUCCGCGUGGGCGGCGUGGAGUUCAAGUUCACGUCGCACAGCGAGACCGACCCCGCGCUCUGCGAUGUCUACCGCCUGCUGCCGCCCGCCGCCGCUGAGGGGGCAGGCGGCGGCAGCGGCGAGGGCGGGGAGCGGCGCGCGCUGGAGCACGUGGCGCAGGUGUGGCGCAAGCUGAGCGUGCAGCGGCCGCUGGACGACCGCGAGAAGGAGAAGUGGCGCGACCUCACCAAGAGCACGCCCAAAGUGCAGAGCAACAAGCUAAAGCUGGUGGAUCUCAAGGGCAACAAGGCAGCCGCCCCUGCCACAGACAUCGCCAGAGGCGCCGGGAGGGGCGCUGCGAGCUUGAGGGUGCAGAAGAAGCCAGGGCUCUUCAAGAAAUCUCCAGCGCCUCCCAUCCCGCUGCCUGCCAAGCAGCAGCUGCAGCAGCAGCGCCUGUCGCCGUUGGCGCGCCGUGCGCCGGCCUCCUUCUCCCCGGACCUGGCUGCUGGCAGGGGCGCAGAGGGCAGGCCCGCCCUCGCCACGCCCCCGCGCGCAGCCCUUGGCCCCGACGCCCUGGACCGUGCGGCAGCGGCGCUGCUGGGUCCCGGCCCCCCAGCGGGGUGCGUGCCCCAGGUGGCGGUGGGCGAGCUGCGCGCAUUCCUGGUGGACAUCAUGAGGCGCAACCCCAAGGGCGUCAGCAGAACAGCUAUGGAGAAGGCAACGGGGCAUGAGUGGGCGCAGCUCGACAGAGUGGUCAGGCAGAUCGCCAAGCUGCACGCGCCGGGGUACUACCGCCUGCUGCCGCACCUGAAGGACACCACCCAGGGGGGGGACAGCGGGGGGGAGCAGGCGGCAGCAGCGGGGAAGGCGGCCCCUGUGGCGGGUCGCUGCGAAUCCCCACUGCCAUCGCCCCUGCCCGCGCGCUCGCACUCCCCGCUGCCGUCCCACUCUCCGCUGGCGCCGCACUCCAGCCACAGGACGCCCUCGCGCUCCCCACUCGGCGCCUCCUCCCCCCUCCCAUGGACUUCCCCCCGCCCCUCCUCCACGCCCCCACCCCACACCCUAGCCGUGGAGUGGUCAGGCGGAGAAGAAGGCAGGGAGGAGGCGAGGCGAGGCGGGGUGCCGCUGCUGAACCUCAAUGAGACGGGCUUCGACGACGCCCACGCCCACGGGGAUGGGGACGGGGGCGGGGGGAAGGAGCAGGACGAGGAGGAGUUGGGGGAGGAGGGGGAGUUGAAGGUGGGAGGCAGCGAGGAUAGGGAGAAGGAAGGGGAGGAAGAGAAGGAAGGGAAGGGGGAGGAUGAGGCGAGUAGCGGAAGAGAAACGAGGGGUGAAGUGGUCCAGAGUGAGGAGCAGGAAGAGGGCGCAACGAAGGGAACACAAGAGGAGAGAGACGGGGCACGGGAAGCACAAGAGGAGGAGAGGGUGAGAAAGCCAGAAGAGGAUGUGAGUGUGAGAGAUCCAGAAGAGGAGGAGAGAUUGAGAAUAGCUGAAGAGGAGAGAGUGAGAAGAACAGAAGAGGAGGAGAGAGUGAGAAGAACAGAAGAGGAGGAGAGAGUGAGAAGAACAGAAGAGGAGGAGAGAGUGAGAAGAACAGAAGAGGAGGAGAGAGUGAGAAGAACAGAAGAGGAGGAGAGAGUGAGAAAAGCCGAGGAGGAGGAGAGAGUGCGGCUGGAAAAGCUUGAGGAGGAGAGGAGGAGAGUGAGGGAGGAUAAUGUGCGGCGGAUGAAAGAGAGGGAGGAGGCUGAGAGGGCGGCUAUUGAAGAGAAAAUGAAGGCGGAGGCAGCAGGGAGGGAGAAAGAGGAGAUGGAGAGAAGGGCACAGGAUGAGAUAGAAAGGAAAGAAAGGGAGGAGAAACAAAAGAGAGAGAAGGAGAAAGAGAGAGGUGAUAAGGAAAUGAAGGAAAGGGUAGAAAGGGAGAGAAGGGAGAAGGAAGAGAAAAAGAGAAGGGAGGAGGAAGAAACGGCAAAACAGGAGCUGCAGAGUGAAGAGAGGGAGAGGGAGAGGGAGAGGGAGAGGGAGAGGGAGAGGGAGAGGGAGAGGGAGAGGGAGAGGGAGAGGGAGAGGGAGAGGGAGAGGGAGAGGGAGAGGGAGAGGGAGAGGGAGAGGGAGAGGGAGAGGGAGAGGGAGAGGGAGAGGGAGAGGGAGAGGAGACGGAUUGAAAAGGAGCACAAAGAGAAGCAAGAGGUAGAAAGAAAGGCGAAGCAGGAGGGAGAGAUUAAGGGUAAAAAGGAGCGUUUGGAAGAGCGUGUGAAGGGUGGGGAGGAUGAGGGAGAGAGGGAGUUACAGCAAAAGAUGGUGGAGGGCGAGAGGGAGAGGGCGAGCGAGGGGAGGGCGAGGCAAGCAGGGGAAGGCGAUGGCGUGGAGGAGGCGGGUGCGGGACGGGGAGGAGGCGAGGGGCCAACGGGUGCAGCUCGGGGAGGAGGCGAGGGGCCAGGAGGGCUGCUCAAGGGGCUGGGGCUGCUGGCCCGAGAGGGUGAGGGCAGCAGGGGUAAAAGGCCAGAGGGCGUGGGUGAGGCGAUGGAGGAGAGAGAGGGGGGGAAGGUGGAGAAGCGAAAGAAGGAGAAGAAGGGCAAAUCAGGGAAGCUCGUGGAGAAGCGGGAGAAGAGGAGGAGACACGGCGAGGGGCAGCAUGGUGCAGGGCAAGGGGGGGCGGACGAAGCGAGGGCGGGAAUGAAGCGCCGGGCGGGUGGCGAUGGAGACGCGGGCGAUGGGCCCCUCGACUCCCCUGCGCACGCACAUGGCGCCACGGCUGCCGCUCCAGCGGGGUGGGAGGUGGGAGAGGGCGGUGAGAGCAGGGCGAAGAAGAAGAGGCGGCAGUGUGAGGGCGCUGCAGAGGGGGAUGUGGAGGAAGGGGGCGAGGCAGGCGGAGAGGAUGGGGAGGAUGAUGGGUGGGAGGGGCAUGACACAUCAUUCUAUGAGCCGUAUGACAAGGAUAAGCCUGAGCUGAUGGAGCCAAUCACAACUCGAGACCAGUACAAGGCGUGCCAUGCGGAGUACACGGACAAAUACGCCGUGUAUCUGAAGCUGCACUACAUUCUCGACGCACAGAGGGAGGAAGCGGAGCGGAUAUUCACGGAGAUGGACGAGUGCGAGGACGAGGGGGAGAAGGAGCGGUACAAGUGCAGGAUAUACGCCAUGUUCCACUCCCGCCACAAGCGGCUCCAUCAGAUGAAGACGGUCUUCUCCACGCUGCAACAAGAGCUGGCGUCGAUCAAGGCGCGAGUGAACGAUUACCUCCAGCAUGCCUGAGCACGACACACAAAUUGACAUGGCCCUGCACUGCACUGACCCUGGCCUGCAAAGAUAGAGAGCAAUCUCACAAUUGCGCUUGCUUGCACGGUCAUCAGCCAGUGCACGAUGAUGAGAUGCCGUCAGUUGUCUGCAGCCUGCUUGCCUGUUGGGCAAUUAGUUACCACAGUAGUAUGUAUCAAGUGACACGACAUUCUACUAUGUGUUGCUGAUUGUCUAAGA